AUGGCGUGCGCACACUUGGAGUCGCUUUCUCUGCAGCCUCCCACACCAGCCCAGUCAGUCUACCGAGAGGAUUGCACCCAGUGCUUCGACUCGAUUGAUGACCCCGAGGGCCUCGACGUUUGCCUGCAAUGUUUCAACGGCGGUUGCGUCGGCGAGCGAUAUCACGCAAAGCUUCAUCACCUAAUCUGGAGCCACCCUCUUGUCCUCAAUAUCCGGCGUACCCGGAAACACAUCGACCGCGAUGAGCCCCCAACAAAAAUGUCAAAGCUUGCCAUUGCCGCAGAGACCGAAGCCGAUCGCUACGACUACCACACCAAGGUCAAAUGCCUCGACUGCGAUUCCGAGUUGGACAAGACGCACCCGAAACUUUCCAAGGUGGUGGAGGGCAUCAUGACGGCGAACACGUUUUCGCGCAAGGAGGAGGUCAAAGCCUGGGAGCAGGAGCUUACAAGCUGUGAACACAUCCUUACUCUCCGCCAAGACGAGCCGAGGCAGAUUGCAUCCAACGAACUGGGCACGUGUUCCAAAUGCGAUCUCAACGAGAACUUGUGGCUUUGUCUUCAAUGUGGUGCGCUUGGCUGUGGACGGGCGCAGUUUGGCGGUGUUAGCGGUCACUCCCACGCACUGGCACACGCAACUGAGUCUGGACACGGGGUCGCCGUCAAGCUUGGAUCCAUCACUCCGGAAGGCACCGCUGACGUCUACUGCUACUCGUGUGACGAGGAGCGAGUGGAUGAGAAUCUUGGGCAGCACUUGGCCAACUAUGGCAUCAACAUUGCAGAGCGCGAAAAGACUGAAAAGAGCCUGACAGAGAUGCAGAUUGAGCAGAACUUGAGGUGGGAGUUCUCAAUGACUACAGAGGACGGCAAGGAGCUCAAGCCUCUUUUCGGUCCUGGACUUACAGGCCUCAAGAACCUGGGUAACAGUUGCUAUCUCGCAAGCAUAAUUCAGUGUCUGUUUGACAUGGAUGCAUUCCAGAAGCGGUACGGUCAGGUCACACAGGAGCUUCCUGGAAUUCAGGACCCGGCUGCAGAUCUCGAGACUCAGCUGCGCAAGAUGGGCGAUGGCCUCUUAUCAGGCCGUUAUUCCAAGCCUGAUUCCGACGUGGUGGCAUCAGAGCAUUCUGCAGAGCUGCCAUACCAAAAAGGUCUACAACCAUCGAUGCUCAAGCACCUCGUUGGACGUGGCCAUGAGGAGUUCUCUACAAUGCGGCAGCAAGAUGCUUUUGAACUUCUUCAGCAUCUCAUCAAGCUUAUUACGCGAUCAAAGCAUCCAUCACCGGCCGACGACCCCACACAAGACUUCCGCUUUCUUCUGGAACAACGGCUGCAAUGCUUGGGUUGCAAAAAGGUGCGCUAUACGACCAACGAGCAAGACAGCAUCUUCAUCGACGUACCCAUGGAGAAGCUACCUGUCGAGGCGGGAGGAGAGACCGAAGGCAACACUGGUGCUUCAUACAAGCCCGUCACUCUCUCCGAGUGUCUUGAUUGGUUUACUGCCGAAGAGAUUGUCGAACUCACAUGCUCUUCGUGUGGAAGCAAGGCUGGUUACAGCAAACGCUCUUACUUCAAGACACUGCCACAGGUCCUGGUUGUCAACGCGCGCAAGAUGACCAUCGUAAACUGGGUGCCCAUCAAGGUCGACGUCCCGGUUCUGGUGAAUGACGACCCCUAUCUUUUGGACCGCUACCUUUCCCAGGGACAACAACCGGGCGAGGAGCUGCUGCCAGAGGAAGCUUCGUCUAGCGCGGCAUCCGCCUUCACACCCAACCCAGAGGCCGUAGGUCAACUCGAGGCGAUGGGCUUCCCCCGCAACCGAUGUGAAAAGGCGCUUUACGCCACAGGCAACUCUGAUGCCAACGCAGCCAUGGAAUGGCUUUUUGGCCACAUGGAAGACCCUGACAUCGAUGAGCCCUUGAAGCUUGAGGGUCCUGGUGACAGCGCCGGAGGAUUCACGGCAGAUCCUAGCUCCAUCGAAAUGCUCGGCGCCAUGGGUUUCGAUGCCAAGAAAUCGACAAAAGCACUGAAGGAAACGUCAGGAAAUGUCGAGCGAGCUGUAGAGUGGCUUUUCAGUCAUCCAGAUGAUGAUGGCUCUAUGGAAGACGACUCGGCCGCUGCAUCGGGCGAAAAGCCACCCGCGGGCAAGAGUGAUGUUCCGGCGCAGUACCAGCUGAAAAGCAUCGUGUGCCACAAGGGAACAAGCAUCCAUGCUGGUCACUAUGUCGCUUUUAUUCGCAAACAGUUGCAGCAAGACAAGCCCGCUUGGGUUCUGUUCAACGACGAGAAGGUGGUCGAGGUCGUCGACGUGGAGGAGAUGAAGAAGUUUGCCUACAUCUACUUCUUCAACCGGGUGGGCUCUUCUUAG